AUGGAGCUUGAUCGUUUUGAGAAAGUGUUAAAGGCCAGCGAUGUUGAAAGACUUGUGGUGACCACCGCCAUGCUUGAAAUGCUGCCUCCGGUGGAUCCAGAUCGUGAUAUCCCCAUCAGAGUUUUCGACAACCAGAAGGGCAAGGUUUACGAGUUCAAAUUAUCCAGCAGACGAGGGGGCAAAAAGCCAGUUUUCCAGUCUAGAGGAUGGAGAGUGUUUGUCAAUGACAGAGGGAUUGCAGCUGGGGACGUGCUCUAUUUCUGGGCGGAGGACGACCCAUUUCAUGGAUCUCAAUAUUGCAUUGCACUGUACAAGCCAAAUCUUUUCCCUCAUCUUUAA